UCUCCCUUCUUCUUCUUCUUCUUCCUCCUCCUUAUUGCACAGAGGAGAGAGAAAGCUUCAGCGGAGCAACAAUGGCGGAUCCCAAAACGUUGUUCUAUACCUCUGUUUUUCUGCUUAUUUUCUCUGCGUAAAUGCGUCAACGGUUCGACGAACAGAGGAAUCUCUGAAACCGCAGAGCUCCAGAAACUCAUCAAUGGCGGAUACGUCAUCGGAAGACUCAUGGCAUGAACACGCCGUUAAAAACCCUGAAGAAAUAGCAUCCAUGGUCGAUAUGAGCAUACGAAACAGUACGGAGCGGAGGAAGCUAGGGUUCUUCUCCUGCGCCACCGGAAAUCCGAUCGAUGACUGUUGGCGAUGUGACCAGAGAUGGCAUCUCCGGCGAAAACGUCUCGCGAACUGUGCGAUAGGAUUUGGCCGCAAUGCCGUCGGCGGCCGAGACGGCCGUUACUACGUCGUCACCGACCCGUCGGAUCACGACCCGGUGAACCCGCGACCCGGGACUCUCCGUCACGCCGUGAUCCAGGACCGGCCUCUCUGGAUCGUAUUCAAGCGCGACAUGGUCAUAACCCUGAAGCAAGAGCUCAUCAUGAAUAGCUUCAAGACGAUCGAUGGCCGAGGAGUGAACGUCCACAUCGCUAAUGGCGCCUGUAUAACGAUCCAGUUCGUGACCAACAUCAUCAUCCAUGGAGUUCAUAUCCAUGACUGUAAGCAGACGGGGAAUGCUAUGGUUCGGAGUUCGCCGACGCAUUACGGUUGGCGAACUAUGGCGGAUGGUGACGGGAUCUCGAUUUUUGGGUCGAGUCAUAUUUGGAUUGAUCACAAUUCUCUGUCUAAUUGUGCUGAUGGGUUGAUUGAUGCGAUCAUGGGUUCUACGGCGAUUACGAUCUCCAAUAAUUACUUCACUCACCAUAACGAGGUGAUGUUGUUGGGACACAGCGAUUCCUACGCGAGAGACAAGAUCAUGCAAGUGACCAUUGCCUAUAACCAUUUCGGCGAGGGUCUUAUCCAGAGAAUGCCAAGGUGUAGACACGGGUAUUUUCAUGUGGUGAACAACGAUUACACGCACUGGAUAAUGUAUGCUAUUGGCGGAAGUGCUAACCCUACUAUCAACAGCCAAGGCAACCGAUACCUUGCCCCGGCAAAUCGUUUUGCUAAAGAGGUGACGAAAAGGGUAGGUGCAUGGCAAGGAGAGUGGAAGAACUGGAACUGGAGAUCACAGGGAGAUCUCAUGCUUAACGGUGCAUAUUUCAUGUCAUCGGGAGCAGGAGCUUCUGCUAACUACGCCAGGGCGUCGAGCUUGGCAGCUAAGUCGUCUUCCCUUGUAAGUACGCUUACUUACAGCUCGGGUGCGCUCAAAUGCAGAAUCGGUAUGAGGUGUUAGUCAAAUGUUGUGAAAUUCGUAUACGCAAACACAUAUAGAGGGAGGAAACAAUGAAGAAAAAGAACUCGUUUUUCUUUGUAACCCUGCUUCCUAGGGUUUAUGUUUUCUCUUGUUUCUUUUGGGGAUUUCGGCUUUCUUCCAUUUGUAUCCAUGUAUCAACCUCGGUCUCAGUAGAGCCGUAGUGUUGUUCAACCUGCAAAAUCUGUAGUAUAGUGCUUUAUUCGACCCUGUGGGUUCUGUGGUUAUCCAUCUCGUGUGUACUUGAAA